GGAGCCAAAUUAUGCAUAUCCUUUAACAUUCUUCUCUUAUAAUUUAUGAGUAGCACCCAUCAAAAUUGCUCAUAAACAUGGUUCUGCAUGGUAAAAUUGGGACUGAAAUAGAAAUCAAGGCACCAGCUGACAAGUUGUACAACAUGUUCAAGAGUGCCCACCUCAUCCCAAACAUCUCUAAUACCCAUAUCAAAGGAGUUGAUGUGCAUGAAGGAGACUGGGAAACACACGGCUCUGUUAAGAUUUGGAAAUAUGAACUAGGGGAUCAUGUCGGGAUAUUCAAGGAACAGGUGGAGCUAGACGAUGAGAACAAGGCCGCAACUCUGAAAGGAUUGGAAGGAGAAAUGUUCAAGUAUUAUAAGAGCUUCAAGGGUGUCUAUAAAUUCACUCAAAAAGAUGAAGGCACCUGCAUUGCCAACCUGUGGAUCGAAUACGAGAAACUGAAUGAGAAUGUUGAAGCUCCGGAUAGAUAUGUCGGUUUGAUGGUUAAACUCGUCCAGGAUCUUGACGCUCACUUUCUGGGAGCAUAAAUUAAUUAAUUAAUGAAUAAAAACCAAGUGUGCAUGCUGCAGCAUAUGCAACGGUUGGAAAGAGCUUUUGCUGGUCUUGUUAAAAAGGGUUCAAUUAUAUGUAAUCAUGCAUGCAUGUGUUCAUCAAUGCGUACCUACUUAAAUAAAAUGCUUUUCUUAAUUAGUUUUGUGUGUAUUGUAAAAGAUGUACGAAGGAUGUCAUAUAUGACAUUGUGAUGUAAUAGAUUAUGGUUGUCGAUCACAUCUAUAAAAUAAAAUGUGGUGUACUCUACAA